AUGCAAGAUCGCAGCAUGCCCACCGGCGACCGUCUUACUCGUCCCGAUUGGAUGGGCUUUCCGACGCGACCUCGGUCUGACCACUUCUGCGUGCUUGGCGGGCCGGUCGGAGCCAUGAAAGGCUUCGGGCCGCUCGAGUCGGGCUGGCGGAAUGCCAAGUGGUGCUGUAUCGAUGUCUCAAUCUCUGGACUGCAACGCGAAUUCGGGACCUUUUGUUUGUCGGCGGUGGCGUUUUCCGUCGGGGGUGGCUGGGAGCUGCAGCUGAUCCCAUGGCUUGGCUCGCCCGCCGCGCGUUCGGAUCUCGAGUUCGACCGAAAGAUCUCGGAAAAGGAAAAUCGGCCGCACGAGCGCUACUCUAAUUCCACGCAAUUUUUCACGCCCCAAAGGCCCCUGAGCGGGCCUCACCGACAGCCCCGACAACGCCGGAAUGCGCUGCGGCCGCACAUCGGCUGCGGCUCAUCAGCUGUGAGGCCUUCUCGACGCUACGCAGGCGUGGUGUCUCACUUUCCCGGCUUCUGCACUUACCGGAAGCCACGUCCAGCAUUGCAAUCGGACACCAUGAGGCCUCUAGCCCCGUCUCCCCGUCAUCUCGGCGGAUCCAUAGCUAGACCGUGUCUCGCCUCCAUCCGCAACACCUUGAACUGCACCCGCUCGGCGCGCUCAGCAACGGUGGCAAGUCCCUUUGUUCGCCGCGCUCGGAGCGAGCAUCGUAGCGCCUCGUUGCAACCACGCACACAUGUUAUGCCUGCAGCUGCAGCCCUUUCCCCGCGCACGCCUCUCUCGUGGCCGACCAACGUGCAGCAGCUUCGGCUCCCAAGUCCCUUUGUUCGCAUCGACAACCGGGUGCCUGCCUGA